AUGCUCUUGUAUGGCGGCUGGGAGGAGAUGUGCCUGCCACGGCAUGGAGCUCUGGAUGGCCCCCACCACCAGCAGCCCGGCGAGCAAGACAGACCGGGAAGCAAAAGAAAACACGUAAAAAUACCACCACUCAAGCAACAUCAGGAGAAUACUGAAACUCUCUCUCCAGCCCUGCCCGCCUCUCUCUCUUAUUUCUCUCUUACUUUCUUUCGCCGAUUUCAACGAGCAGGACCCUCCGCGGAUAGGGGAGGUUCGUAAGAACUGAGUCCUGGAGAGACCGCGUAGGGGCAGCAGGAGAAUUAAGGAGGGGUUCGAGCUGUGCAGGGAGUGGCUUCAUAUAAGAAAUCAAUGAUUGCACUAACCUUAGAAGAAUUUCUGAGAUUUCGGAUGUACAUUUAGCUGCGAAAAAUACGGAAAAAUUAUU